AGCACACAGAAGAGCGCCCAGACCCCACAGGGCGUGCGCCGGGGGCUGACUCCCUCCCUCGCGGACGCCUACACGCGGCCCUUCCUGCUUCUCAACUCUUGGAGCUGCCCGGGGGCUCUGCUAGGCUCGGAAAUGCCCCUGCAGCAGGCCAAGAGAAGACUGGAACUAGGAGAAAGUGGACCGCAGUUUAUAGCUCAAGGAUUAAGAACACCAAAGGGAAAAGGGAGAGCUGCAACGAGAAGUCCAGAUAGUCCAAAAACUCCCAAAUCUCCUUCAGAAAAGACACGAUAUGAUACAUCACUUGGUCUUCUCACAAAGAAGUUUAUUCAACUGCUGAGCCAGUCUCCAGAUGGUGUUGUAGAUCUGAACAAAGCAGCAGAAGUCCUUAAGGUACAAAAAAGAAGGAUUUAUGAUAUCACCAAUGUCUUGGAAGGCAUCCACCUCAUUAAGAAAAAAUCCAAAAACAACAUUCAGUGGAUGGGCUGCAGUCUAUCUGAUUUUGGGGGUAUGUUGGCACACUGUCAAGGCUUGUCUAAGGAGGUAGCAGAACUCAACCAAGAAGAGAAGAAAUUGGAUGAUUUGAUACAAAGCUGUUCCCAUGACCUUAAGCUACUAAGAGAAGAUUCUGAGAACCGGAGAUUAGCAUAUGUUAGGUAUGAAGAUAUUCGAGAAAUUAGUAGCCUUAAAGACCAAACUGUCAUACUUGUGAAGGCUCCUCCAGAAACAAAACUUGAAGUGCCUGACCCAGUAGAGAAUAAGCUGAUACACUUAUCUAGCACCCAAGGACCUAUUGAGGUUUACUUGUGUCCAGAAGAAACAGACAACCCCAGUCCAAUGAAAAUGCAGGAUCAGGACCACAAUGGAAAUAUCUCAAGAAACAUUUCCAAAGAUAUGAUUUCUGACAACUCAGGAGCUCUUGACUGUUCAGUAACUACAACAACCAUCUCCCCAUUGGCCUCUACAACUAACCUUUUGCAGCAGACAGAGGACCAAAUUGCUUCAAGCUUUGAAGGGCCAUUUGUAAGCUUGCUGCCACCUCUACUUCAUGAAGAUUAUUUGCUUGGCCUUGGUGAAGGAGAGGGCAUCACUGACCUCUUUGAUGCUUAUGAUUUUGAAAAAUUGCCUGCAUUGAUGGAUGGAUUUUUAUGCAGCUGAUUAUUUUAUUAUCUGUCUCCCCAACCCCCAGAUGUCUAAAAAUGAAACCAGAAUACCUGCUGUCAUUCCAUGUUACCUAUUGUCUUACCACUUAACCCUUGUCUCAUUUCAAGGUUAGCAUUUAGAAUUUUUGAUACUUGUAAUAAACAUGCUUCCUACAGUAGUGCAAACAGAACCAUAGACUUUCUCAUCAGAGUUACCUGAAUUGAAUAUUCUGGUAACAGCUGAUUUUGCAAAUGAUAAAGGAACGCACACAGAAAUGGAAUGGCUGUCCUUCCUUUUAUUCUGAUUUAAUGUGUCUACAAACUUUAUGAAGGGCUCAAGAACUGUUUUAGUCUCACACAGCAAUUCUUCCUUAAUAUUUCAAGCUGUGCCUUCUGUAGAGUGUCAGGUCUUUGCUUUGUAAUGACAGUAAUAGCAAAUGCAAAAAAGUACGUGUAAAAUCCAGAAACAAAGAUGUGAAAUGGACUUCUUCCAAAGCUGUCUGGGAAAGACUGAAUUCUUCUCCGUGCUCCAUUUUUAAGUGAAUGUAGCUAAUUUUGAGAUUAAUAUUCUGUUUUUUUCCCAUAUAAGAUACACUUUAAAUGUUUUGUAGUCCUAUGUAAAUUAUAGAGACAAUGGCUCCAAUCCAUCACAGUGUACCUCGAAUAGCUAGGGUCAAAUGUAAACUAUUGAACACGCCCCCCCCCCCGCCCCCGUUAUAUUAGCUGUUUCAGAGAGAAGAAAGUGUGGGAUAGGAUGGGUAGACUGAGUCAGGUGUCUUGCUUCUGCUGAACAGUCAGUUGAUGAAAUUAGAGCCUUCACUCCCACCCAAAAGCUACACACUUAGAAGUUCCAUGUGCUGGACUGGGCUGGCAAAUUGCACAUAGUAUCAGUUUAUUCAUGCAAUUGUCCAUCUUGGGAUACUUGUGUAGAAGUCUCUUUCAUGGGCCUAUAACCUUGAAGAGAACGAGGGUGAAAAUUUUCCCUAUGAAAACUACAUUAAAAAUGAAAAUGUAUUAAAGGAACUUGCAUAUUAAAAUAUAAAACAAAGAUGCACAGUUCAAUUUUACUAUCUGCAGCGUGCAAUAGAACUGGUACGUAAAAGUUUGCGGUACAAAGUGGGGCUUUGUGUUAAGUGCCUACUAGAAUUGCACUGUGGGCUUUUUCCUCUAAGGGAUACUAUUUAUGCCAAGCUUUGCUUAUUCAGAACACUGUGGUUAUUUUAAUGGGUAAGUUGCCUCUGCUCUCAAUUCUGGGAGUUGAUACAAAGCUGACAUUUCACCCAAAGUGUAAAUAAUACACUUGUCAGUGCGCUAUUGAAUUUUAAGUUAUAACUCUUUGCUGGUAUAGUGUGUGUUCUGAAAUAAAUAGAAUUCAUACAUCUUACAGUUGUAUAAAAUGUUGCCACUUAGCUUAAUUAAUUGAAUAUUCUAAGCAGUUUGUGUUAUCUUUUUCUAUCUGAUGCUUAUUACUAGAAUGUUUGUUUUUAAUUAUAUAUGUGCAGGUUUUCUGGUACCACUGAGAUGCUGCUAUAGACACAAAUGAAAUGGCUGAGUAUAAAAACUGUAUGAUUGAGCCUUGGAAUAUAAUUGUGUAAAAAGGGCAACACAUUAAGAACUGUUAAACAGUGUUAAGUGUGUUUUUAUAUGUGUACAAACAUGUGCAUAGUUCAUUGGUUAUUUAAGUCGUGUGUUCUUAAACUUCAUCUAACAGUUUUGUACAAUAGGAAUGAAUUUGUAAAACCUGCCAGAAUAUUUUAUAGCUGGUUUGUAACCUCUUGAAAAAAAAUUAACACGUGGGUCUGUAAAUAAAAAUACAGUAUUUAAAGUCUGUCUUGUGGAGGGAAGUAAAAAUUUGUGUGAGCACGAAUGUUUUGAUGGUAUGAAGGGGUAGUAAAAAACAAAAGGGAAAGUUAUAUACCAUUUUGUACAUAUUACAUACUUACCCAAUGAGUGGGCAAAAUACUAACCUUAAUUUACCUUUGAAUAGAAUGCUAGUUCUACAAAUAUGUAAAAUAAUGUAAAAACAAAACCAGAAACAGCUUUGCAUUUGUAAAGACAACCUGGCCUAGAGCUGUUGUUACCUUGCCUCUUCAAAUCUAUGUAACUGACAGAUUUUUUAAUGAUAAUCAAUAAAGCUUUAUAUCGGUAUGUAAA